AUGGGAUACCGGGCGGGACAGGGUGAGGCGGCCGUUUCCCGCCUCCCGCCCCACGGGGGCCCGUGGGGAGGAGCCGAGCUCCCGCGCAGAGGGCGGGGGAGGGGUUCGCCCGCGCUCCAGCCCCGCGCUCUCGGGGGCGGUGCCAGCUACGAUCCAACUUUCCGCGCCAAAUUUUUAAAUCGAAGGCGGAAGGCGAGAAACUUCAGCAUCUCCCCCGAUGCAGGAUUGGUGUGUGCUCAGUCGAGACCCGGGCUCGUGCGCUGCGUCCGUAGCCCGGAUCUCUGCACAGCUCAAUUGUUAAUUCCUUCUAAACAGGAAAACCUCUUUUCUGAGCCACAUAAAAGGGGACUGAUGAAAAGCCCCCUGCAAGAGUCCUCGAAGGCCAACAUGGUGUUGGCUGAGAUCCAGCCUGACUUGGGCCCUUUAACCACGCCAACCAAGCCCAAGGAAGCCUCCCAAGGAGAGCCCUGGACACCCACAGCCAACCUGAAGAUGCUGUUCAGUGCGGUGAGCCCAGAGAUCCGAAGUCGAGAUCAGCAAAGGGGGCUGUCCGACAACAGAAGUGGAUUACCUGAAGCCAGAGACUGUUUGCAUGAACACUUAUCUGGAGACGAAUUUGAGAAAUCCCAGCCGAGUCGAAAAGAGAAAAGCUUAGGGUUGCUAUGCCACAAAUUCUUAGCACGGUACCCUAAGUACCCCAACCCUGCUGUGAACAACGACAUCUGCCUGGACGAGGUGGCCGAAGAGCUCAAUGUUGAACGUCGGCGGAUUUACGACAUCGUGAAUGUAUUAGAGAGCCUGCAUAUGGUGAGCCGCCUUGCCAAAAACAGGUACACUUGGCACGGCCGACACAAUCUCACCAGAACCCUUGGGACCCUGAAGAGCGUCGGGGAAGAGAACAAGUACGCUGAGCAGAUCAUGAUGAUCAAGAGGAAAGAAUACGAACAAGAGUUUGACUUCAUCAAGAGCUGUGGCAUAGAGGACCACGUGAUCAAGUCGAACCCUGGCCAGAAUGGGCAUUCAGACAUGUGUUUCGUAGAACUCCCUGGAGUGGAAUUCCGGGCAGCAUCCGUAAACAGCCGCAAAGACAAGUCCUUGCGAGUGAUGAGCCAGAAGUUUGUGAUGCUGUUCCUGGUGUCGACGCCUCAGAUAGUAAGCCUGGAAAUCGCUGCCAAGAUCUUAAUUGGGGAGGACCACGUGGAAGAUCUGGAUAAAAGCAAGUUUAAAACAAAAAUCAGGAGGUUGUAUGACAUUGCUAACGUUCUGAGUAGCCUGGAUCUCAUCAAGAAAGUCCAUGUUACGGAAGAAAGAGGCCGGAAACCAGCAUUUAAGUGGACAGGCCCAGAAAUCAGCCUGAAUAAAAGUGGCUCCAGCCCUGUCACUCCUCUUACUGCCUCCUUCUUAGAGGUGGGACGGUCUGCAAAAGAGAACUGUGCCAAAAACCUCUUUUCCACCCGGGGAAAACCCAACUUCACUCGCCACCCAUCCCUUAUCAAAUUGGUCAAGAGUAUAGAAAGUGACCGGAGAAAGGUCAGCUCUGCGCCCAGCAGUCCUGUCAAGAGCGGCAAAGCUGAGAGUUCUCAAAACUCUCCACCCUUCCCAAACAAGAUGGCCCAGCUUGCUGCUAUCUGCAACAUGCAACUGGAAGAGCAGUCAAGUGAACCCAGGAAGAAAGUAAAAGUAAAGCUAGCAAGAUCCGGGCCCUACAAACCACUGGCCCCUCUGGACCCUGCAGUGAACACGGAGCUGGAGCUGCUUGCACCAUCCCUUAUCCAGCCCCUGGGAAUGGUCCCCCUGAUCCCUAGCCCAUUGUCAUCUGCAGUGCCUGUGAUCCUACCUCAGGCCCCUUCGGGCCCACCCUAUGCCAUCUACUUGCAACCUGCCCACGCCCAAAUGCUGACGCCACCCCAUGGCCAGAGCCCAGCGACCUGCCCCGCCCAUUCCUUUAGUGCUACUGGAUCCAAAGACCCUACAGAUGCCCCCACUGACACCACCACCACCACCACCACAGACGCCACAAGGCUUGCAGGAAGCUUGCAGCCAGUACCAGAAAGACAGGAUGCUAAGAGUCAGAGCAAGGAGAUGCCUGGAGAACGAGGCACGAAGAGGACGAGUGCCUCGGACGACAGUGGUUCUGCAAAGAAACCUAAAGAGGGCCUGAAAACACUUGAGAAUGUCCCCACAACCCUGUUCCCAUCGGGAUACCUAAUCCCUCUCACCCAGUGCUCACCCCUGGGGGCAGAAUCUGUGUUGUCUAAUACAGAAAGCUCAGGAACACUGUCCCCAAACCACAGGAUCUACAGCUCCCCAAUUGCAGGUGUUAUUCCGGUGGCAUCGCCUGAACUCACUGCUGUGAACUUCCCCCCCUUUCAUGUGACACCUUUGAAACUUAUGGUCUCCCCAACGUCUAUGGCAGCCGUCCCUGUUGGGAACAACCCGGCCCUCAACUCAAGCCACCCUGUUCCCACCCAGAACCCGAGCUCAGCCGUUGUAAACUUUACCCUGCAGCACAUGGGACUCCUCUCCCCCAGUGUGCAGAUGUGUGCCAGCCCCGGGACUGGAGCUGGCGCGGUCCCUGUGUCCCCACGAGUAGACGCUGCUAGCGUCAUACCAGAUAACUUGAGCUCUCGGCAAGGGAGGGCCACCAACCAUGACUCACCAGUUCCUGGCCAGAGCCAGCUAAACGGACAAUCAGUUGCUGGGACAGGGGUACAACAGCCUGUUCCCGUGACACCCAAAGGCUCCCAGCUGGUGGCUGAAAGUUUCUUCCGAACUCCAGGCGGCCCAACCCCAACCAAGCCUACCAGCUCACCCUACCCGGAUCUCAAUGGUGCUAACGAAGCCUCCUUUGCAACACUCUUUGUCCCACAGCGCAAACUGGAAGUCUCCACUGAGGAUGCCCACUGAUGGACGGGCAGUGGUUUAAUUUAAUUUUCUAAAGAGCUAUUGAAUGAAACGUUGUACACACGUAGAUUGAGAGAACACCGUCUUUGGAAAUACUGUAAAUAUUUUGGGGUUUUACUCCAUAUCGCAGCAGAUAUUUGUCAUGCUUACACAUGCGUGUACACACACACACACACACACA